AUGGGGAUGGUGGGGACCGUGGUGGGGACGGCCGUGUCGUGCGGAGCAUUUCCUCUGUGCCAGAACGGUACCCGUCGCUUCCUACACCUCACCUCCCUCAAUCCAGACCGGCGCGGUGAGGACCACAUGGCAGAACGCCUCCAUCAGAGCUCGCUUAUUCCUCCCACUUGGACAGGAAGGCGGGGGAGGAACAGACAAGCUCCCAGCAGGAGCUGGUGGCCGCUCUCCGGCUGGCCGGCGGACCGUGGGGGUUCGGCCGGGCCAUCUGUCGUGGCCCAGGGAGCAAGCAGGACAGCGACCCCAGCACCAGCCCAUGCAAGAGCACAGGACGCAUGGGGAGACUCGGAGAGCGGGCACAGGAAUGACUUGGGACCCAGGACCAGCGCAAAACUGAUGACUGACUUCCCAGAUGUGCUUCAUGUCUUCCCUUCACGCCCGGAGCCUCUGUCCCUCCGCGUCCUGGCGGCCGACUUCAGACAACCUGCAGCAGUAGGCGUGACCUUGACCGACCUUGUUCUCAGCUCUGCUCUGCGACGCUCUAGCCAGAGGGGAGCCCCACACAGUGUCCAAGCCAAGCCUCCCGUCUCCGCUCUGUCGGGAUUCUGUGCCUGGGACUGGGCACCCUGCCAGGCGCCGCACCCUCAAUCUGACAUUCGUCUCUGGACACUCAACGUCUUCCUGAAUCCUAUUUCUUGCUUGAUCAUCUGGAGGCGGUGAAUUUUUUUUUUUUUUCCAUUUUUCCUCUUUCGAUUUUCUCUUGGGAAUUAGUCCAUUGUGGUUGCUUCUGUCUUUCCUGUUACACCUUGUUAAACGGCCGGUGACAAGCAGCUCACACUCGCGGACUCUGUGUCCCAGCCUCUUCCCCCGGGGGCGGCAAACUCCUCGGGAGCCCAGGUGCUUUCCAGCUCAUCACAGCCGACUAGCCUUGCCGGUAUUUCACCAGUGCGCAACAGGGGCUGCUGGUCUCCUGGCGGACGGGUCAGCGCCUGUACUCCUGGUGUUUGUCCCGACAGCGCCUUACUCCUACUACCGAUUUCUACCUUAGUCAGAAGGAGCUGGGGUAUAUCACCAUCCCAGAUUGACCUCACAAGUCAGGAGCUUAGCCGCACAGGUCCCUCGCUUGCUCCCGUCAAGUCUGCCCUGAGUCCCUGUGGCAUUCCACGGCAUCUAAAACACACGUUAGGGAAACACACUGAAAAUUAAUGAUAUGUACUUUGUUGUCCUCAAUUUUCCACAUCGAGUAUUUAUCACUUGGUGAUCAGAGAACAAUAAACGUUCACAUCAACGGACAGGUCAGCUGGUUGCAGGAUAUGGUUCUUGUAUUUGUUUUUGUUUUUGUAAGAUUUUAUUUAUUUAUUUUUUAUUUGGAGGGGCAGAGGGAGAGGAGAGAGAGAGACCCCCACGCAGACGCCCCACUGAGUGCAGAAUCCAACGUGGGGCUCGACCCCACAACCCUGAGAUCAUGCCCUGAGCUGAAACCC